GUCGCUGCAGUUAUAAAAGUGCGAGUCGAUCAGUCGACCUAGACAUUAGGACUCGGGUGAGCACCACGGCUGCAGCAAUGAAAAACCUUUUGAUGUUGGCGAUUUUCGCCAUAUUAGCGUCGUCGUUGGGAUCCGAAUUAGGUGAUCGCAAGAGAAGGGCAAUUUUGAAGGCGGUCAAGCCACGAAAGCAGGUUCAAGCGGCCGUCGUGAAAGCCGAAGGAACCUCCGGCGAGCUUUGCAAUAAAAUGGCACCGAAAUUGGCGAACACGCGAAAGUGCUGCAAGGAGAACGUGGGCAACUUUUUCACCUACGGCAACAUCCAAGAUUGCGUUCCCGAGGACAAGUCGGACAAGAGGCUCCUUUCCUACGCCAGCUACUACAUUUACGUCUUCAUGGACAAUGAAAACAAACUCGACGUGCAAAAGAUGCUCAACGACGACGCCUUCCAAACUGUGGCCUGCAUCACGCAGUGCGUUUACAAAGGAUUCGAUUUGAUCGGUGGCGACGGGAAAAUCAACUACACGUUGGCGGCCGCACACUUUUCCAAGGCCGUGCCGAGCAGGUACAGGGACGCCACGCAACCCGCGGCCAUCAUGCAAGUGGUGACGGAAAAGUGCCGCGCAGAACUCCUAGCGAUGAACUUGACUGAGCCGGUGACGACGAAAAGUGGCGCCACUUGCACCGUCGAACCGCUCAUUUUCAACCAAUGCGUCCGCCAAACUCUUCUGGACAAUUGUCCUCCGUCGCUGGCAACUCCGAAAGACCCAUUCUGCUCGAAAAACCUGCCAAUAUUGAAUAUGUGCCGAGUUUUCAACACCAGCAUUACCUACAAUUAAAACUUGUUCAAUUUGUGGAACGAUUGUUAAAUUAAAUAGAACACGUAAAAAAGUUUUCUACUUCUUAAGAAACUAUUAAAAUGAAUAAUUGAAAGUAAAAGUACAUGAAUGAUUUUUUAUUUCGUUUUUAUAAUAAAAAU